AUGGUCAAAAUCCGUAAGGACUGGCACUGGAACUAUGACCAGGAUAUGUUCCUCUUAAUGCCUCCUUUGAAGACCAUCGAUGCCUUUGAAUCCCGAAGAGUGGCUCUGAAUAAAUCAGAAUCCGACGAUUGCCCGGACAUCAUGUCGCUGUAUGGCGAGGAGGACAUCUUCGAGUACCGCCUCGUUCCCCUUACGGAAGAUAUCACAAAUAUCUUUCGGUUCGACCGGGAUGAUGACCUUGUACCGCCCACCACUCCCGAUGCUGAUCAACGUGCAUCCGAGUCCGAGGCUGACCCCAUACCGCCCACUACUUCUGAUGGUGGUGAUUCUGCACCAGAUUCCGAGCUAUUACUCUCCACUACUUCCCAGGCAGAUGAUACUGCAUCCGUUUCCGACUCCUUACUGCCCACCACUCCCUCAGUGAUUGAUCACACUACAUCCGAAUCCGAUGCCUUACCGCCUGCCACUUCUGAAGUCGAUUGUCCUGCAUCGGACCUCGGACCUCCUGAGCCCCAGCCUCAGCUGUCUGGGCAACGCGACAACAUUAUUUCCGAUGGAGACUCCCCAGCAUCCAACACGAAUCAUUUACGCGUAGAUGUCGGCACUGAAGCCGACAUAGACCAUCCUUCAAAUGAGACAGAAAUCCCUGCCACCCAAGACAGUACAUCGAAGAUGAAUCGUCCUGCAUCCAAAUCAAAUUGGUCAUGCCAUUGUUAUCCAUUCGACACAUUGCCGGUUCUUCGCUCUCAUGCCCUACCGCAUUUUGUUCUCUUGAACGCGGGGGAGAAACUUGAAAAACGAGAACUGCAACCUCUGGCAUCGGUAGUGGCUCGUAUCUUCAAGAUUCACGAGUUUCGAGCGAUGGACUCGUUGAUCAACUUACACAACAUCUAUGAUUCAUGGGUCCACGCAGUCGUUCCAUCGCCAUUUGGCCUGAAGCCACAGCUUCCGUCAUCAACGAACAAGACUACAAAUUUAGGAGGGGAACAGGAACAAGCCAAAGCAAAGAAUACCAUAUCCAAGACACUUAGAGCAGGUGCCGCGGACAUGAAUAAUCAUCCAGGCCCUAGGUCAGAGCACAAUGACGGUCAGAUUGAGUCCGACAGGAGUAAGCGCUAUUACAGACGCCAAGAUGAGAAAGACGGCCCAGCUAGCCAUAGUCCUGCGGGCGCAGUCACAGAUGCGGAACUCCCAACUCAUGCAUCCGUCGCAAACACGGAGGCAUCCAGAGAGCCUUCUCACGCGUCCAUGUCCGCUUCCCCCCCUGCUCUGGACUCUAACCAUGCGGCUUCAUCCGUCGUACCCGCUGCACCCGCUGGAACCAUCGAAUCCGCCGAGGCUAUCGGUCUUGCCGCACCUGCUCCGGUCGAGCCCACCGAAGUACCCUUGUACAGCCAAGUGGCGGUAGCGGGGAAGUCAGUCACAUCCGGGAAGGCCCCAAUCGGUACAUCCGGCCAGACACAUCGUGGUAUACCGACGAAGAUUCCGACGGCCAUCCAGACCAGUGCGCGGAACAGGGCUGACGUAUCAGGACCAUUUCAACAGGACCUCACUCAAUCUGGGAAACUGACAGCUGGUAGCGGCAUACUCAUACAGAACAAGACAGUCGCGCAGGAAAACUCGGCUUGGACGACAGUAAGGCACCGUUCUUCUCCGGCUGGAUCCAAGAACAAGGGCUCUCGUCGUGCAUCAGGAUCUCUUGGACGUGACUCGGUACCAGCCAAUUCUCGUGCUAUUGACGCUGGAGAGAUAGCUUCACACGACACAACUUGGACAACAGCGAAACGCUCUCAGGCUGUAAGUGAGUCACACGCCAAGGGCACUGGACAUGCUUCAGGACAUCCGGGAAAAGGUAAAGUAUCCCCUAGGACCAAUUUACCUCGCACGGGCGCAAGUGCAACGCUCAACGUGCCUGUGCGCGUCGAAGGAGACCCCCAGAGCCAGAGGAUCACUCGACGUUUGCCGGCCCCUUCACUAGGACUUGCCUCGGCCAGUCAAGAUACUCGAACGAACGAGCACUCUUCGAAGCACAAAUCCACCAAGAGCGGAGGCGAAGGAGCCUUGAAUCCGCCGGAGCAGAAACGGAGGCGAGUCGCGCGGCCAUCAGAAGGCGAAGCGGUCCUGCCAAGUUCCCGUAUUCCACUGCCGGCGAAGAGCAAGAAGUUCGUAGACCGGAUGAAGCCUAAGAUGACGCCUUCGAUGUCGAAUCGGAGGGUCUCCUUCGCUCAAGACCAAGGAGAGGAUCCUCCCGUAGCAUCUGGAUCACAAGGUAUGAAUGAGAAAAUGCCUGUGAACGUGACACGCACGCAAGACAAGGACGAAACCACGGGCGACCGGAGAGACUCAGGGUCGAAGCACACGGACGACAAUGGGCAAGACGGUAAGGGUCGUGAGACAUCUAAAUCCGGGAAGAAGAGGAGGUACUCUAGGCGGUCAUUGGGCGAGACAAUCUAA